AAUCCAACACGACGCCCCGCUCUCCCUACACCCCCUCCGACACACAAUCAUCUCGAGGAAGCGUCUCAGGCGGAAGAGCCUGAUCCAGCCAGCUUCCCUCAACGGGACCUCCCUCCCUCCCCCACCGACAAACCGCACGGUUCGAUCUUUGACCUCCAUUUCCUCCGCUGGUCCAUCUUUGUAGACGGGGUGCUCACAGCCCUGACAGCAUUUAGUACCAACAGCUGGCAUCUGUACCUGGCAGCAGGAGUCUUACCAUUCGCGAGCGCGACAGGAUCAGCUUGUAAGGGAGUUGUUAUGGACCUCCUUGUUGAUACAGAUCAGAGGGCGGAUGCGCUGAGCGCGAUAGCGCUGGUGGAGAAACUUGGUAUGUACAUUCCUUUCUUUCGACUGCAUUCGAAUGAAGACAUUGCCAACGUCAAUUCAGCACAAGUGUCGACGAUCUCAGUAUUCGGUUUUGUAUUCGCGGCCUUGAGCGAGAGAGGACAACCAGCUCUCGUCUUCUUCAUCAACGGCUGUACAGCAAUGGUAGCAUUCAUGUUCACCCUCUUUGUGCGGAUGUCGCCCACCGGAAAACGUACUUGA